AUGUCUUUAAUAAAAAAGAUUUUGGAUCUUGGUGAUGUGCCACACUUGAGUAACACAUUAAACAUUGCACAGCAUAACAAAGCUCGAAAAUGUUCUGUAACUCUUCACUGCAAGUUACACUUUUUAGUGCUUUUGAUCAUAGGCGUACCACUAGUUGCGGUGUUCCUCUUUUACGUCCAUGUUGUUCGAAUUCACCAUCGUAUUUACGCUGCAUCUGAAUUCAAAGAAGGUAAUUUUACAAUAGUCACAGGAGAUUCUCUAGGAAAUACUCAGUUCUGGGAUGGUUUACAGGGAACACUGAUUCAGAGUUUCAAGGGACAUGUGGCAGAUGUACUUGCGGUUUGUGUAAAUAAGGUUUUUUUUGUUUUUUUCCAGGGUGAUUAUCACAUUGUGUGCAGUGCUGUUUCAUCAUGUGCUAGUUGGGCAGCCUUUUCAGAUGUUUAUCAUAUUAGUUUAUUUAAGCUGAAUUUGAAGAAAGAAGGCAAUUCUCAAGGAACAGUAACAAGAGUUUUGCCUUUGCCUGUUGAUUUAUUACCAGCUCGUCGACUAGUUUUUUCUCCUGACAGUUCAAAGCUAGUUUGUGCAACAAGUGAGGGCUCAAUUCAGGUGAGUGUUGAUCAGUUUGCUAACGAGCUGCAUAUGAAUAUAGCAACAUUAUUAAUUUUGCAAAAAUGUUCAGUAGCAUUGAUUAUUCCUUCAGAUUCAAGUGCAAUUCAUGAGCUUGCUGUAAGCAGUGACCUCCACUGGUUAGCAUGUGUGGAUUGUAACAAUACUUUGAACAUAUUCAGCUUGACCAAACUGAAGUUACAGAGCACCUUACCUCAGUUGGAAUCUCCUGUAACCGCAAUAGCUUUUCAGCCCAAAACAAACUAUCUGGCUGCGAUCUGCUGCAAUAAUCAGGUGUACAUGUUCAAGCCAUCAAGUGGAAAGUUAACAAAUUGGUCAAGACAAGCUGCAGAACACGGUCUACCAAAACAGUGGACUGAACGUCGUUCUAAAGUCAUCAACAUCCAGUUUAAUCCGUCCUGCCAUGAGCUUAUGAUGCUACAAGAUCAUUCCAUGUUUACCAUUCUGGAUCUGAGAGAGCCUUUGCCAGACACGGAGGUAGUCCUUUAUGAGUCAAGAUUAGUACAACGACAGAAAAGAACUAUGAAUCAAGAAGAUUUAGUUGAGUCUGAUCAAGAAGAAACAGCAUUUAGAGUUUGUAGGAGAUAUGGGCCACUGCUUUAUGCCGGUUUCACAGAAGACAGCUCGUUAGUUGUGGUGGAGAGGCCUUGGCGAGCUAUCCUGGAUAUGCUGCCUCCGCCACUUUAUCGAAAGAAAUAUGGAAUGUAACAAGAGUUGGAUCAAGCACUGAUCUGUAAUGUGACUGAGCACCCUGAAUUGUUGACAAGAUGUUAGUUGAAAAAAAAACAGUGCCUUAAUUUAUAGCAAAAACUAUGUUCGGGAGAACUGCAAACGGCAAACGCUAGUGAUUUUUGAAAAGUGUUCCUCGUCGAAGGUGAUCGUCCUUAGCGAUCAAGGAUUCACCCAUGGUGCUUAAAGAGCAUUCCUUCACACCAGUAAACUAUGGACCUUCGAGGUAAAGACUUAAACUUCGAUUUCCAAACAGUUGUGUUUCGUGAAUGAUAUAAUAAAAAUGCCGUCUUGACCUUGUGGUCGCACAACGUG